AUGACUUGGGGUAAUACAGAUCCGACUACAUCAUCUCCAUUUGUAGAGCAUCCUCUGUCACAAAGAUUUCAUGAUGAACAAGAUGAUACCAAGCAAACAGUUUCCAAAUUACAAUUUCAACUUUCAUCAGCACAUACAGAACGUAAACUAUUAAUGGAAAGUAAGAAUGAACUUAUUAAUAAAUAUGAAGCAUUACUUCAAGGUAAAAAUGAAGAAUUAGAGGUAUUAAAAUCUAACUUUGAUUAUCUUUAUUCACAAAGAGACUCAUGGAAGUCUAAACUUGAAAAUGCCGAUCAAAUUCAAAUAAAGUCCGAUGAAUCAUAUCAAAAGCAAUUAACACAACAAAAUAAGGAAUUAAGUAAAUUAAGAACCUUGAACAUCGACUUAACUUCUCGAUGUAAUAAAAGUCAACGAGAAUCAGAACAAAUAAGAAAUACUGUGGAUUAUGUUCAAGAGGAAAAUAAUCUGUUGAAUGAAAGAUUAGAUGAUUUAGUUGAACAAAAUUCAGAGUUGUUGAAUCAAAAUAAUCAAUUAGUUCAACAAGUUAAUGACAAUAUCGUAAAAUCUAAGCAUACGAUGUCAUCUGUUGCACAGAUUGAAAAUCUCAAGGGUAAAAUUGAAAGUUUACAAAAGACAAAUAAUACUUUACAAUCUAAAUUAGAUUCAUUAUUACAACAUAAAACAUCAGUGGAAUUACUUAAACAGAAAAAUAUAUCAUACCAACAAAAGAUCAAUUCAUUUGCAGCAGUGGAGGAGAAAUGUUGUAAACUUGAAAUUGAAAAUCUUGAAUUAAAGGCAAAACUUAAAGAUUUUUUCGAUAUAAUAGAAGGAUAUACUGAAACUGAUACACGAGAAUCAGCCCAAAGUAAAAUAAAUCAAUUUAUUGAUCAAUUCAAACAAAUACAGAACACUAAUUUAAUACUUAAUGAUAAAUAUAACGAAGCCCAUCAAGAAUUGAAUUUAAUGAAAGAUCAAGUAUCCAAAUUAGAAGAAGAAAAGGUAAAUGAGUUAUUACCAAAGAUUACUUCAUUAACUCAAGUUUUACAAUCUAGACAAGAACUAAUUGAUAAAUUUCAAAAGCAAAAACUAUUAAAUGUUAAAGAAAUUGAAUUUUUAAGAGAACUGUUGAAAAGUAUGGAUAAUUUGAGUAUUAAGAAGGAUACUGACGUCAAUUCUAAAGAAGAAUAUGUAGUCAAAUUGGAAAAACUAGUUGAUGAAUAUCGAAAUGAAAGAGAUUCUGCAUUAAAGAAGCAAGAAGAGUACAAGCAAGAACCAAAGUUGGGAGAUAAGAGACAAUGUUUACAUCAAGAACGUGAUGUUGAUAUCACUAAAUUAGAAAAGCAAAAUUUCGAAAUUCUUGCAUCCAACAAGGAAUUGAACGAUAAGUUGAAAACACUUGAGUUAAAGCUAAAAACUUUGGAAGAAUUAAAAGAGAAAAGAGAGCAGCUUAAGGUGCUUCAAUUACGUUCCAAUUAUGUAUCAAGAGAUCAAGUUGUUAAGCAACAGACACUCGAUGUACUUCGUAAAGAAAAUGAAGAGCUUCUCAAACCAUUGGUGGCUAAUGAGAAUUCUGUUCCAAAGGCGGUAUUUGAGCGUCAAGAAAAUGAUAAAGCUAUAUUACAAACUAAAGUUGAUCAAUUAAGUAAAAGAAUUAAUCGAUUAAGAGAAGUUUACUCGAAAAAAAGUUGUGAAAUCUUGUCCAUUAUUUCAAAGUUUUUUGGAUAUUCUGUGGAAUUUCUUCCAAGUCCAAUCAAUCCAGAAGAUUUAUCAUCUAGUAGAAUAAAAUUGAUUUCAAAGUAUAGUUCAAAGGAAGGUGAUAAUUCAUAUUUGGUGAUUGAUGUUCAUACUAAAUCCCUCAAAGCACAUGGAACUGGUGAUUUCAAAGACUUAUGUGAAGACUUGGUGACCAAUUGGGUCAAGGAUAAAGAUCAAAUUCCAUGCUUUUUAAGUGCCCUUAACAUGAGUCUUUUUGAGCGAUCUCAAAGUAUUUUGCAAUAA